AUCAUUAAAGAGAGAGAUUUCAGUCAGGAAAAACUGAGAUUUCUUUCAGAAAAGCGAGUGGGAUCCCCUGAAUUCCAUGUCUUGCACUUGUCCCUUCUUGGCUCUUGUUCACUCCUGUGUUCAUCCCCUCCCUGUGUUCUGAUCUGCUGCCUCUGAUUUCUCACUCUUAUCCUGUAAUUUGCUCCAUGACCAGGUUAUGCACUUUAGAUGGGAUUUUGAAAGGCUGCAUCCCAUUUCACAAUGGCUUCCCUUGCUGCAGCAAAUGCAGAAUUUUGCUUCAACCUGUUCAGAGAGAUGGAUAACAAUCAAGGCAAUGGAAAUAUGUUCUUUUCCUCUCUGAGCAUCUUCACUGCCCUGGCGAUGGUUCGUUUGGGUGCUCGAGGUGACUGCGCUAAUCAGAUUGAUAAGUUGCUUCACUUUAAUGCCGCCUCGGGACAUGGAGGCUCUUCUAAUAGUCAGCCAACAAUCCAGUCUCAGCUGAAAAAAGUUCUUUCCGAUAUAAACACACCCCACAAGGAUUAUGAUCUCAGCAUUGCUAAUGGCCUUUUUGCGGAAAAAGUUUUUGACUUUGACAAGAACUACAUUCAGUGUGCUGAAAAGUUAUACAAUGCCAACGUGGAACGAGUGGAUUUUACAAAUGCUAUAGAAGACACCAGAUAUAAAAUUAAUAAAUGGGUUGAAAAGGAAACACGUGGCAAGAUCAAGAGUGUGUUUAAAGAAGGCAGCAUAAGCUCGUCUGCUGUCAUGGUGCUGGUGAACGCCGUGUACUUCAAGGGAAAGUGGGAGUCAGCCUUCACCAAGAGUGAAACUGUGAAAUGCCGUUUCAAAUCUCCCAAGUGUCCUGGGAAAGCAGUUGCCAUGAUGCAUCAAGAACGGAUGUUCAAUCUGUCUGUUGUUCAGGACCCAUCUAUGCAGGUCCUUCAGCUCAAAUACAAUGGUGACAUAAGCAUGUACAUUCUCCUGCCAGAGAAUGACCUAUCGCAAGUUGAAAACAAACUGAACUUUCGGAAUCUAAUAGAAUGGACCAAUCCAAGGAAAAUGACCACUAAGUAUGUUGAGGUGUAUCUUCCUCAAUUCAAGAUAGAGAAGGAUUAUGAACUCAAAGCCCAUUUAAAAGCCCUAGGGGUGAAAGAUAUCUUUGAUGAGUCCAGAGCUGAUCUCUCUGGAAUAGCUUCAGGAGGUCGUCUGUAUAUAUCAAAACUAAUGCACAAGUCAUACAUAGAGGUCACUGAGGAUGGCACCGAGGCUUCUGCUGCCACUGGAAGUAACAUCGUGGAAAAGCUACUCCCUGAGUCAGCGGUGUUCAGAGCCGACCGCCCAUUCCUAUUUUUCAUCAGGAAGGAAGACAUUAUCUUAUUUAGUGGCAAAGUCUCUUGCCCCUGAAAAUCCAAUCGAUUUCCAUCACAGUAGUCCCUGCCACGUCACAGAACCACCACAAAUGAAUAGAUUUGAGUAUUAUUGGAAAUGUACAAUGUUUCCCUUGAGUUUAUUUCUUCCUAACAUUGAUCAGCAAGUGAUUUUGGUGCCUUGACUCUUCUCAGACACCUGGUUGACUGUCCUUAUCCCUGCUCUUAGUGUUUCCACCACCAGUCGCCUCAUCCAUUUCUAAUUUUGUUGUCUUUCUACACAUGCUUGUGUCUAGCAUUCUCCCCCACGGCCCCACUGGUGAUGAGAAUAUAGAAGCAGCAGCCCUAGGAAUCUUUUCUGAAACUCUACAGUUAUCACAGAGAGCCUAGUUUCAUCAUAAAAGAUCUAGGAAAUAAGGCCAACUGCUUCCUAGAAAUAAAUGUGAAGGAUGACUUUUCAUUGUUGACCUACAAAGACAUUAGAGUUUACUUUCAUGCAUUUAAUUUAAACCAAUGUAUAAUCUAGAUGUUAAAAAAUAUGGACUUGGGAUUGGGGACCAACCAAAAUAUUUCAUUAAUAAUUUCAAGUUAAUAUCUUUUGGCCUUUCCUUGAUAAUACUGAGAAUGUACAUAGUUUUUCAAAUAUUAAAGAUCUUUUAAAGGUUGGCAGUUGUUAUUUACAGCAUAUUAUUUCAAAUGAUAUGGAGUUUACAAUUUUUUUCUCUAUUUAUCAGAAUAAA